AUGCCGCCAUCUAAAACUUCUGACAAAAAUUUGGAAUCUGAAAGUACGUUACAAGCCAUCAUUCUUGCUGAUAGCUUUAAUGAACAGCAUCUUGCAGUUGCUGGCGUGCAAAAUAAUAAAAGAUUAUAUCAA